AUGCCUCAAGAUAUGCCCCCCGUCGGGGGCUACCGGCCAGUGCAGUACAAGCGCAACGUCCCUGCCCGCGGCUUCCGGCCCAUCUACUACCUCGUCGGCAUGCACCUAUUCAUGGCGUACGGAUAUUACAAGCUCUUCCACGGUAUCCGGGAACAGAACGAACUCGCCCGCGAGAAGAUCUGGGGCCGUCUACACAUCCUCCCCCUCCUGCAGGCCGAGGAAGACCGCGACCAGGUCCGUCGCGCGAUUGCGGACGCGAACCGCGAGAAGCAGCUUACGGGUGAGGUGACAAAGGUUUACAACUCUGACCGUUUCGUUCGUCCUACGUUUGCUGUUGUGCCUGCCAAGGCUUAUGAUUAG